CGGGUUGCCCGCGUGAGAGGGAGGGGAGGUAUUUCCCGGGGAGGUGGCUGCCGUGCGGAGUAGUGACGUACACACGCAGACACGUACGCCCGGCCCAGGAUAGGAGGAGGGGGGGGGCAACUGGAGUGAACCACGGUCGGCGACAGGUAAUAGAACGUAGGGAACGUUCUAAACACCAACGGUUCCAGCGGCUCCGAAGGUGCCAACUGGAAAAUGGAUGACGAUGAUUUUGGAGGCUUUGAGGCAGCAGUGACCUUUGACGGUGAAGAUGGUGAAACACAAACUAUUUCUCCUGCUAUUCCUUGGGCAGCAUUUCCUGCAGUAUCUGAAGUCCAUGUACUAGAAAGCAUUUCUUCAGAUGUUCUUCUGGAGAAUUCUCUGCCUUCUGCUUGCCUUGUCUCCUCCGAUUCACUCAUCUUAUCAGGUGAUGAUGUACUGACAGCUGUUCAAACAGCCAACAAUAUUUUAAACCCAGCUGUUCUUAAAGAACAGGUUCAGUUAUCAGCCAGUUCUUCCUUGGAUAUCUCAAUUCCUUCUCUGAGUUUAACAGAAGGAAAACUUUCAGAAAAUUCAACCAUCCCGGUGGGUGACUCUGAGAAGCCAGGGAUAAAUGGAUCAAAGAAGCAUCUUCAACCAACACUUGCAAGUCUAGAGAUUAAACUUAAAGAUGCAGAAGAAGAAAAAUGUAGAAUUAAAAAGGAGUUAGAAGAUUUGAUGGAAAAGCAUAGUAUCGUACAAACAGAUUUCUUGAAAGAAAAGGAAGGUGAAUUCAUCUCACACCAAGAUCGCUACAAAAAGCUGCAGGAGAAACACAAGCUUGAGUUAGCAGACAUGAGGGAAGCUGGACAUGAAGCCCUGACUAUUAUUGUGGAAGAAUUUAAGGCUCUAUUGCAGUCUACAGUUCAGAAGCAAGAAGAAGCCAUUGAAAAGCAGUAUAUAGCUGCAAUUGAAAAACACUCAUACAAGUGUGAGGAACUGCUGAAUGCUCAGCAUCAGAGACUUCUUGACAUACUGGAUACAGAGAAAGAAGUGUUAGCACAAAAAGUAGAAGCAGCCUUGAUGCAACAAUCACAAAAACAUAAGGAAGCACUGGAAAAAUGUUUGGAGGAACAACAGAAUAGAAGUAAAGAGGCUUUAGCAGCUGCUGCUAAGAUUGAAAAAGAAGUAAUGCAAGAGGCCAUUUUAAAAGCAGUCGAAGAGGAAAGGAGAAACAUGGAGAAAAUUCAUGCAAAAGAAAGAGAACUAUGGCAGGCCGAAUGUGACAAAUACAAAGAAAAGAUUGCUCAGGCUGUUCAGGAGGCUGUGCAAGAGCAAAGAAAAACCAGUCAAGAAGUUGUUAAGGCAGAAAUAAUGGAAGAACGGAAGCGAAGUGAAAAGGCUGUGGAAGAAGCUGUGAAAAGAACAAGAGAGGAAUUGAUGGAAUAUAUCAAAGAACAGAAGAGGCUCGAUCAAGUUGUCCGCCAACGUAGCCUGUGUAGUUUGGAACUAUUCCUCUCAUGUGCACAGAAGCAAUUAAGCACUUUAUUGAAAGAAGAACCAAUCACUUCAGAGCAAGAGAAAGAAACUGAAAAUCUAAACCACAAUGAAAACGUGUGAUUCGUGAUGCUACAGAUCUGUAUGCUGCAAAUUACAAAACCUCUCUUCUUUUUAAAAUAUGGGACUCUUAUCAUUUGUCAAGACUGAUCUAAAACAAUGUUUAGUAGAAACUAUCCGCAGGUGACUUCAUUUAAUUUUUUUUAAAUUAUUACUACUUGUUUGCAAUACUAGAAAUAAGAAAAUCAUUCGAAAAAAUUCUCUAUAUUAAAUUGUGCACGUCAUCAUCUUUAAAGCCUUCAGUGGCCUAUUAUUGACAUCUUAGGCAAAUGCAGUGCUGAUAAUAACAUUGCCUUGUUAUGGCUGUUUACAAGAGAUGUCAGCAUGUGUCCAUAUAAUUUAUUACUAUUUUUGACACAGAAAAAGGCUGUGAUUUGGCCCCAAUUCAGCAAGGCACUUAACUACAUAUGAAAAUCUAUUCAUAUCCCCCUGGUACAUAAUCAAUGCAUUGCUGCACUGGGGGCCUUAGAAUCUUAUCACAUGUUUCUUAUUUAUCAUUGCUGUCAAUACUGAGUCAUAAGAAUGCUGCCAAACAUUUUUAAAAAAUUGUUUCUGAAGAUCAUUCUCCAGCAUUGGAAGAGGAAUGUUAAAAACCCCAAACACCACAUCUUUUUACACUGAGACAAAGAAGUCUAGAAGUCACUUGUAUUGUAAAAACUCAUCUGUGGUGUAUAUUUCUCCUUUCUGUUCUUUUUCUCAUUAAAGUGGAUCUUCUGUAAUUGACUUCAAUUAUAGGAAAGGAUACAUUUAAAUAUUUAGGGUGAAGCACUGCACUUCUUGCUUAGGUAGAAUUCCCACUGACCUCAGUGGAAGCCCUGCCUGAGUAGGGAAUGAAAGAUGGUGCCCUUAAAGCACCCGAUUGAAAGCCUAUUUGAAGUCAAUGAAAAUUUGCCCAUAGACUUUAGUGUGCUUUGGAUCAGGCCUUUAGGCUCUAACCCUGCAUUGAAGAGCAUGAAGGUGGACUGCUGUGCCUGUGCACUAUUGAUUGAAGAAUUGGGGCCUUCGUUUGUAAGAUUUCAGAAUCAAGUACUAAAAAAUGAGAAUGUUGCUCAUAAUUAUGAAUGUAAAUAAAUGAUGGGUGAUAUCUCACAUAACAUGUUAGUUCCUCAUUGGGGAAUCAUGGACAUUUAUUCAGUGCAAUUUUAAUUAUAAGUAGACAUAUUUUGCCAUUGAAAUUAAUUAAUUUGACUUUACUAUAAGUAGAGCUGAGUGUGAACCAAAAAAUCCAAAAAUAAUUUCAUUCCAAGCUCAUCUGAAGUGGAAAAAUGUUGUUUGUUUGAAACAAAUAAAAAGGGGGAAAAAACAAGUUUCAGAUUGAACAAAAUAUUUUG